AUGGUUGCCGGAAUCAGAACAUGGCGGUCACGGCCUACUGACAGAGCCGGAUGCACUCGUUUUAUGUCCAAAUGUGGUGUAUGGCCCGAACUUGACCUGUCAGCAUGGCUAUUCUGUGAGGAUCAACUGCUGUUGAUGGCUGGAUCCGGUGCCAGGUUUGAGGAAAUAGUCCGCUCAAAUGAGCCUCACCAACUCGACUAA